CUGUGUCAAGACUCCAAUGCCCCCAAGUUGACCUGGACAAUCACGUACGCGUGCUUCGUAUCGAUCGAUCGCUGUUCUGGUACGGUUUGCGUGACAACUUUGGACACAUCCUACCUUGUUCUUUCUAACGAACUGGGAUUUGAGCCUCAUACAUCGCAAAAAACCGACUUUCUCCAGACGCUUCGAUCAACUAUACUCCUUACGAAUAUGGCAGCUAUAUGCACUACGGAUCCAAUACGUAUGCAAGACUCUAGUCAGCCGUCGUAUUUACGCACACUUGGAUCGCGAGUGAUCUCUUUUUAUGAUAUCAAAGCGAUCAACGAUCAUUACGGCUGCAGUGCUCUUUGUGGAGCUGGAUCCGCUGCCUGUGGUAAUGGAGGUGUGCCAAAUCCAAGGAACUGCGCAGCCUGCAUCUGCCCAAAUGGAUAUGGAGGUGCCCUCUGCAAUCAAAGGGCUCCUACUGGGAAGCGAAUCCAGAUUCGAGUCACCUUUAUGAACGAACAGAAAUGUGGGACUGGCUGCAGGGUAAACUCCAUCGAGCCGAAAGUCAUUGCCGACAAGAGGAUAACCAAUCCGAGGAUCUGCUGUAAUGACAUGUUGAACUAUGUCGUCACUAGCCAACUCAAUCCUACGCCAAUAAUCUCCACCAGCUGUGAUAUGAUGAUAUGUCUUGAUUGA